AUGGCGUCAUCUAAUCCAUUUCGGAAAUCAGUCUUGCAGCCAAAGACAGCCGACCUACCUCUCCCAUCCCUCGACCCCAUAGACACGACACAGACGCACGCCGCGCCCCCGCGCACGUCGUUUCGCGAACCAGAACCCAGCGACGCAGACGACGAGCCCGCACCAGCGCACGAGCGCAAGAAGAAGCUCGUGAAAAAGGUCAGAGUGCUGACACCGCCCCCGCUGUCGCCCGACUCCCCAGAAUGGCCCGAGGUCGAACCCAUGUACCGGACCGGGGAAGGCCUUGUGCCACCCCCGGUCGACUAUGACCCCUUUGCCGGCUCAGCGACAGACGAAAGCGACCGGGACAGCGCGGCGACAACGCCAUAUCCAAAGACCCCUGCCGGUGCCUAUGCGUCUGCUCCGCAGGCGCUGGGGGCACCGCCCGGCAACCCGUUUAGCCGCACGUUGCAAGAUAUAGAAGACACAUCAAACAAGGAGGAGCUGGACCUACAGCAGAGGGAAGAGGGCGAGGUUCUCAAGGCUGCCAAUGCCGGCACGCCGGCCCUCAAUGUGGAUGCUUUCAAAAGGCUGCUCCUGACGGGCAGUUCAGCCAUACAAGGCGCCAAGGCACCAGCUGCUGAACAAGAGCUCGCGUCCUUGAACGCGGAAGCGAAUAAGAUUGUGGCUGCGCCAGAGGGAGAGCCAAAGCUCAGUCUACGAAAUAGCGACAGUGACAACAUACAGCAAGACCACCGCGUCGUCCCGCCUUUAGCAUCUGGCAAAGAUAAGAAGCUUGCGCCGCCGCCGCCACCAAGCUCCCGCCACGGCAAGACCAUCAAGAGCGACCAGCCGAAGCCGACGCAACUAGGACCCGAACAUCACGCGGCGUCACCAGAGACCAAAUACACAUCACAUUCACGCACACCAAGUGGCCAUGACCUAGAGUCUCCGUCGGACGAGGGCUCAUCGAAUGACUCACAUGCUCACGAGGCGGCAGCGCCGAGCGGCACCAAGAAGUCGGCACCAGCACCGCCCCCACGACGCGGGCACGCACGCACAGAUACAAAGACAAACUUGUCACCCGCCGCGUCACUCAAGCCGGGCGAAGACGACCACGAGCCUCGCUCCUCGAUUGACUCGACGCAUCGACAAGAGCGCGGGGCGCACAUCCCCGCGCCGCCACCACCCCGGCGGCCGCACGCCACGCCCAAGCAGGGCGGCGGUGGUGGCGGUUCGGGGUCGUCGCCCUCUACAUCGUCGUCGUCAUCGAUCCCGCAGCGCAGCGCCCAGCCGGAAACGGCCACGCCUAGCAGCCCCCCCUCCAAGGGAAGCAAGUCGCCCGCGGCGGUGCCGCCGCGGCCACCCGCCCGAAAUCCAUCCUCGGUACGCCGGCUGCCUGGCGGCGGCAGCGGCAGCGGAUCCUUCGAGAAGCGGGACAGCAGCGGCGCGCACCCGCCACCGCCGCCGCCCCGGCGCCAGCGCGGCAGCAGCAGCCCGACGCGCACGUCGUCGAGCGCUGAGAUGGCGGACGCUCGCGGCGGCCUCGUCCCGCCCGUCGACUCUAGCAAGGGAGCGGACAUACUGGCCGAUCUGGAUGCGCUGCGGCGCGAGGUCGAGGCUAUGCGGGGUACGCGGUGA